AUGCAGGCUGGUGUAAACGGCAUGCUCGGUGAUAGCAUGCUCUUUGGUGCUCAGCAAGGCUCUACGCUGAGUUUUGUUGCACAAAAUGGUGAAUUGGUGGCGCUGCGACGCAAGAAGAAGAGUGGGUCCCAUGACACUUCCUGGAGGCAUGACGAAACUUACGGGAUUGAUAUCAAUCAGCUACUCGAUCAAUGCGAUAGCCACAGCGGCAAUUCCAAAGACGUGAAACUUUCAAGGCCUACUGGCAACCUGUCGGGGAAGUUAUGGACCGAAAAAUGGAGACCUAGCUCUUUUUUUGAUCUAGUGGGCAACGAAAAGACCAACAGACGCGUUUUGAAGUGGCUUCGGCAAUGGUCGCCGCUGGUGUUUGGCGAGGUUUUGCCAACGAAGGGCUCCAACCAGUGGAGAGGAGCAAAUACGAGGCCUCAGGACUCACCGGAGCAUUUGGAUCCACUUCAAAGACCUCACAAGAAAAUCUUACUGAUCAAUGGACCACCGGGGAUAGGGAAAACUUCUGUAGCACAUGUGGUAGCCAAGCAAGCGGGAUACUCAAUAAUGGAGAUCAAUGCAAGCGACGAAAGAGCGGGACCGCGUGUCAAAGACCGUGUCCAUAACGCUCUAUUUUCUAACACACUUGACGAGCGACCUGUUUGUCUGAUUGCAGAUGAAAUAGAUGGCAGCAUAGAGUCUGGUUUUGUCAAAGUACUCGUUGACAUCAUCAACAAUGAUUUCAAAGCAACACAAAGAUUGUUAAGCGGUGCCCCAAUAAAAUCAAAGGGCAAGCGUCAGCGUAAGAAAGCACAAGGCCAGAUCAUGACGCGUCCUAUAAUCACCAUCUGUAAUAACGUUUACGCCUCUGCAUUAGAGAAAUUAAGGCCACACUGCGAGAUCAUAACAUUUCAAAGGCCUUCAGAAAACGCGAUAGUGGAGAGACUUUUCCAUGUUUGCCACAAGGAAAGACUGCAUAUGGAUAAGAAAAGGUUGAAGGAACUAACGGAAAACUUUCAAGGUGAUGUAAGAAGUUGUCUCAACAACAUGCAAUUUUUGGCCACUCUGGCUUCUGAUACGGAUUCGUCAGGUUUUGGUGACCACUUAAAGGACAUGACAGUGCCAUGGUUUAAAAUCUGUAAUCAAAUGUUCCAAAAAAACCCACAUGUAGAUGUGAAAUACCAAUUUGAGAAGCUUCUAAGAGACGUUGAGACAAAUUCUAAUUAUCAAAAGAUUGUUCAUGGUUGCUUUCUGAUGUUUCCUAAUGUCAAAUACUCUGAUCAAGGUCUUAGAAAACCAAGCGUAGCUGCAGAUUGGUUAUACUUCAAUGACCUUAUGUUUAAAUCUCUGUUUGAGCACAACGGAGACCUACUGCGGUAUAAUUCAGCAGUCCCUAUGGCAUUUUUUAAUCUUUUCAGUGAUAUCGCCAAUAAGGAUGACGUUAGAACCCAGCACAAUGAAUUUGAGCAAAGAGAAAUACUGCGAAGAAACGAAGAUAUCAUAAUUGCCACGCUAAGACGCACAUCUCCAGGAUCUCAGAUUUAUAUGAACAAAAAGGCGUUGACCCUUGAAAUUCUACCGCUUUUGGAUCAUAUGAUAGCUGCCGAUUUCUCAAAAGUCAGGAAUGGGCUUGUCAAGAAUGCGCUAUUUAGUAACAUGGUUUCUGCAAUUACCGGUUUCAACCUAACAUUUGGUGAGCGGGUUGAUACGGACUUGCCAAGAAUUACUUGCAUAGAGCCGCCAUUUGACAAAGUUAUAUUAAUGAAUGAAAAGCGAGUCAAAGAAGUUUUUACAAAGAGACCUGCGCUUUUGAAUGUUGUCAGUGCAAAAGUACAAGAAAGUGUUGUGAGAAAAAGGACGAUUGAGAACGCUAAAACUGAGAAAGAGGACCUAGAGACCGCUAGGAAGAGGCAGAAAUCCUCGUUGUCCAAGCCUGCCGAUUAUUUUAGAUCGCAGUACGCAAACGUGCAGAAAAAAGGAGCGCCUCUUUAUUCAGAACAGGAGGCUACUGGUCAAUCUUCUCAAGAGCAUAUCAAGAUUUGGAUCAAAUACAAAGAAGGUUUUUCAGACGCUGUUAGAAAGAACGUGACAUGGAAUGCACUGUGGGAAUGA